AGCAGCAACGGUUGCCCCUCCCUCUCCUCCCCCGACCCCGGCCACGUGCGGGCUGCACACCCUCGCCGCCCUGCACUACCACCACCACCAUCAACAACAACAACACCAUGGGGAAGAAAAGGAAGCCAACCCUAGAGGACCUGCUGGGCAGCGACUCCCUCAUCCCCAACACAGCCUUCCAAGCCCUCAAGUGUAUGCAAACCUUCCUGCAGAAGUCGGGGCAACUCGACAGGAUCUAAUCCCCACUCUGGUGACAGGACGGCAAACUUAAAACACCUGAUAACAUCUACCACUGAUGGGGCUCUGGAGGCUGUAGUCCCACAGCCUAACUAGCCCCAUAAAAUGCUCAACAACAACAAGAAGAAGUGUGAAACGAGUGGGGGCGGUAGGAGGUCUGACACCCCUGGCAGGAAAGAUGGAGGAGAGAUGGGGUGGAACAAGGAGUCUUCCCUCCUUGACCCCAGCAGCCGAGGGUUUGUGUAUGAUGAAGUGGAUGACUACGAGGAUGAGCGUGACCGUCUGUCUCUGUCCAGGGCACAGGUGCUCAUGGCCAGGCCAAAAUCCAAGGAACAAGUGUUGGGAAUUGAUGUGAGCUCCUCAGAAGAUGAUGCUGAGGAGGAGGAGGAGGAGGAAGAGGAAGAGGAGAGUGACCAGGAUGCCAUGUACAUGGCGGAUGACAUAGUGGAAGAGGAGGAGGAGCGACUACCAGAUGAACGUGCUUGGGGCAGCAGCAAGUGGCGCUACCUCGGCACCGACACCACUGACGAGAGGAUAAACAAGAUGGCUCAUGGGCAGGAUGAGGAGUUGGCCCGUCUGGAGGAGGAAGCAGCCAGGAAACUUCAGGAACGAAUGGCUGCGGAACUGGAGGACUUGGUAGUUGAAGACCUCCUGCCCCAGGAGACGAAUAAGGAGAAAGAUAAGGCAAUCAGAGACUCCUCGGUGACACUGGACUUGUCCAAGCUAUCACGCACCAAAAAGUUGCAGCUCCUAAAGAGGGAGUCCCCAGAGUUCAUGCCUCUGCUGGAUGACUUCAAAGAGAAACUGAAGGAGCUGCAGGUAUUUCUGGGUCCGUUGAUGGAGGGGGUGAAGGACGGCCUCGUCACCAGCCCUGCGCUCUGCCAUUACCUCACCACCAAGUACCGCCUGCUCCUCAAUUACGUGUGUGUGCUGAGCGUAUACAUGAUGACCAAGAGCAGCGUGGGGACUGUGGGCCAACACCCGGUGGUGGGACGCCUGGCCCAGUACCGCCAGCUGCUUCAGGAGCUUGUUCCAUGCGAUGAGAAACUGAGGCCACAGCUGGAGGACCUGCUGCCGAAGAUCAAGGCUGCCAAGACUGUUGCUGCCAAAGGAAAGGCCAGCAAGAAGCCUCGACAACUGCAGCUCCUCAUGGGCAGGAAAAACAGGACUCAGGUCAAAAAGAGGAAGCUGUCAGACCUGGAGGAGAAUGAGCAGGACACCAGCAAACAGAAGGGGAAGAAGGGGCCGCAACCCCUCAAGGCAGCAGAGGCCAGCAGUGAUGAGGAGCAGCAGAGUCGGGCCAUGCACGGAGAGGAAGGCAGAGCAGAGAGAGGGGAGGAGGCUAUGGAUCCUGAGGGCCGUCGUGCCAUCACCUACCAGAUUGCCAAGAACAAGGGGCUGACUCCUUCCCGCAAGAAGGAACAGAGGAACCCAAGGGUGAAGUACAGAAAGAAGUACCAGACCAAGCUGAAGAAGAGGAAGGGACAGGUUCGCUUGGUUCGCAAGGAAGUCAAGCGUUACGAGGGGGAGGUGUCUGGCAUCAAGGCCCACACCAUCAAGAGCAUCAAGAUUGGCUAACUGGAGCGGCAGCAUCGGGGUUGAUUGCCUCCUGACCCUCAUCCUCCGGUGGCCCCCAUGCUCAUCUUCAUAGAGUUGCAGCCAUGAUCCAAAGUUUCAACUCCUUCCCUUGGAUAUGAGUUACCUGAAACAAUGAUGAAGAAAAUAAAAAAAAUGGUUGAAUAAUCUUGUUUUAAUCUCAGCUUCAGGGCUUCUUAUCACACAUGAUUCAUGGAACGUUUUGUUGUCAUUUCUAUUCCAUACCUGAGGAGUUGUUGGCUUCCUCAUGUGCUAUGGGUAUGUUAUAAGGGUGUGGGUGGUGGAGUAUUCAUAGUGCCUCAUUGCCACACUGCCAUCUAAUAAACUCUUACAGCUGGCCACUUGGCUUUACCUCAGUCCUGGAGUUGACCAACUACCAACUAAGGGGGUGUUGAACUUUGGAUCAUGGCUCUACAUCUCUGUCGUCUCAUUUUACCAGAGUUAAAUUAUGCAAGUUUGGAGAAAUUAGAUGUAAAAACUCCAAUAUAUUUCUUACUUCA